AGCGUUUUCGGAUGCGGUAAUCCUCUUCAAAUCUACUUUUACUGUACAUGCACAACUUCAACUGAUUCUUUGUCACCACUGUAUCCGUUGCCAGUAAACUAAACUCAACAUCGUCCAUGUGUGAUCACCAAUCCUCGUCCUCCUCUUCUUUGUCGCCAGUAAACUCGACAAUGAGCUCCUCAAGCCUCUCCUUCUUCGCCUCAAGCCUCACCUGCCUGGCAUUGAAACUCGCCUUCCUUGCGUCAAGCCUCUCCUUCCUCUCAUUGAAUAUAUAUAUCAGCCUACGUCAAGAUGAUCGCUCACAUUCCCCUAUGUUGGCUGUGGUCUUCUUGUUCUCGAUGGUGAUGGCAUUUGCGGUAUCCUAGAUGUAUCGAUCCAUCGACGUCUUUGCGGCCCCGAAUUUCGAGCCUUGAUUGCAUCCCAUGAUAUCCGAUCUUGCCAUCCAGGCCAGCUUCCGUCCACAUCUACAUCUCUCCAAACCCAUCUCCCACUAGACUCAAACUCAACCUCGACCCAAACUCCGCCUCUCGACCUCCUCAACAACCUCCCUCAAACUCCUGAUCACCCUCACGCCCUUCAUCUCCAGUUGCUCGACAUCUUCCGAUUCCCGUUUAGCGCCUUCGGACCAUCCGCCUGGGCGGCGUAGGAGUCGGGCUUCGAGGUUCGCUGUGAGGGCGCCGUGAUAGUCU